AUGAUCGUAUCACAACUUAUACAAAGACUGAGACCGAGACCAUUACUUAAGCAUCAUCAUCAACUUAAUCAUUUAUCAUCUGUUGUUCUAACUUCAAAGAUCAACCACAAUCAAUCAAAGACUUUCACUUCAUUGUUUAACCAUCAUCGUCAUUACGACAUCAUUACUACAUCUUACAACUCAUUUCAACUAUCGAUGAUGACUACUGCUACAAGUACUAGUACAGACACUACUACAACUACUGCACCUGCACCAACACCAAUAACUGCAUCUAGAAGAAUGUUACCAAAGUCAAUGUCACAGGACUGGGAGAGAUUCCAUACUCAUACUCUGGCGGGUAUAUUCCGAGGUGUACCCGAUAUAUUCGAAGGUAUUACCGUCGAGGACACCACCCAGUAUCCAGACGAUGUAGCCACCUUUGAGCAACAACUCAAAGACACCCUCAAGUAUUGGAUUGAGAACAAGCGUCGUGGCAUUUGGAUCAAGAUCCCUCAAUCAAAGUCACAAUUCAUCCCUGUCUUGGUUGCUGAACAAUUCUCUUUCCAUCAUUGCCAAGAGGACUACCUUAUGUUGACAAGAUGGUUGCCAAGCGAUGCCAACCGUCUACCGGACUACACGUCUCACUUUAUUGGUUGUGGUGGCCUGGUCAUCAAUGAGAAGAAUGAGAUAUUGUUGAUCACUGAGAAGCAGAGACCAGACCGCUGGAAGAUCCCAGGCGGUGCAUUGGACGCCGGCGAGGACAUCUGCAAGACACCAGUGCGCGAGGUGUUUGAGGAGACGGGUGUGCGCACCGAGUUUGUGUCGGUGCUGGGCUUCCGCCAGAUCCACAACUAUGCAUUCAACCGUGGCGACAUCUAUUAUGUGUGCGCACUGCGCGCCCUGUCCACUGAGAUCAACAUCGACCCCAAUGAGAUUGCCAAGUGCAAGUGGGCGCCCGUCUCAGAGUUCAUCGCCAUGGGCAACAAGGAGUCGUUCCCACUACAGCGCUCGGUGGCCCGUCUCGCACACGAGUACGUCUACAAUGGCUACAAGGGAUUCAAGGCUAGCGAGGUUGCCAACUCCCUCAUCGCAGGCAACUCCUUUGUCUACCACGGCUCCGACGCCGACUUUACCGACUUGAUGUACAAAGAGCCUGCUGCCCCCGGCGCCCAAUCACAC